CGAAGUGAGGUGAGCCGAGGUCGGGGGCGCCGUUUGCCGCCUGCUGGUGGGAGGAAGGUGGCAGAGAGGGGAGCGGCUUGUGGAUGGGUGCAAGUUGGGGAAGCGGAGUGAGGGCUUGUGUCAGAAGCAAUUGACCUUAAAAGAAAUGGAACAAAGCUGGGGAAGACAACCAGAGACCCAUACAGUGUGGUGGUGAUGACAUUGAUCUGGAUUUGACGGUUACUGAAUCUAGCCGAAGUGCAGCUGCAGAAUUGACGCAAAUCGAGGUUAAUAUUCAAGCCAAAGUGGAUUUGCCGAAUGAAGUGAGCCUUCCCCUCGCCGUCUCUGGUAAUGGGUCAGACGGUGGUGGGGUUGGCGAUAGUGAAGAGGAUGGAUCAGCUCCGAGUCCACAGAGUGAAGCGGUCGUAAAUGAACUGCAAGAGCUCACGCUGCAGUCAAGCAACGGCUUUUCGCCUUUGAGCAAGAGGAAAAAUGAGCACUCCUCUGAAACUGGACCUCAGAUGGAAGGGCAGGCGCACGAGGGGCGGACUUCUCCACGCCUUAGACGCCAGUGCCAUUCCACAUUCAGCCAACAGGAGGAGCGGUUGCUGCAAGUACUGCAGCUAAAGCUUCAGCAACGGCGGACACGCGAAGAGCUGGCCAGCCAGGGAAUCAUGCCACCUCUCAAGAGUCCUGCUGCAUUUCACGAACAGAGGAGGAGCUUGGAAAGGGCACGGACUGAGGACUAUUUAAAGAGAAAGAUACGAUCACGUCCAGAGAGAGCAGAGUUGGUCAGAAUGCACAUACUUGAAGAGACUUCAGCAGAGCCCUCCCUACAAGCCACGCAGAUGAAGCUGAAGCGGGCGAGGUUGGCUGAUGAUCUGAAUGAGAAGAUUGCACAGCGCCCUGGUCCUAUGGAGUUAGUGGAAAAGAAUAUCCUGCCUGUGGACUCCAGUGUCAAAGAGGCCAUCAUAGAUAAUCAUGUGCCGUACUCUGCAUUGGCAGACAACUCAUCGUUUGACGAAGACAGCAGUGAUGCCCUUUCACCAGAGCAGCCAGGAAGUCAGGAGUCACUAGGGUCAUUGCCAUCCCCCACAGAAGCAAGAUCUGUUGAUCAGCACCAUCCCCUCCCCACUUCUCCAACCCAGUAUGUUGUAUCCUUGCCAACUGGAACAGAAUUGAACAAGUUCAAGCCAGUGUCUGAGCAACAGAUUGCAAAAUUGGCAAAUGGUGUGCCAUCUCCAGCUGCUAAACCUGCGCCAACACUCAUUAAACAAAGUCAGCCCAAACUGGCACGUGACAAGAACCAGCGGAACAAGAAGCUGAAGGAGCCAAAGUCCCGGGUGAAGAAGCUGAAGUACCACCAAUACAUGCCUCCAGACCAGAAACUGGAGAAGGCCACGCUGCCUCUGGACACUGCCUAUUCCAAACUACUCCAGCAGCAGCAGCUCUUUCUGCAGCUCCAGAUCCUGUGUCAGCAGCAGCAACAUUACAACUAUCAGACCAUCCUCCCUGCACCACCAAAACAGAACAAUGAGCAUCAAACCAGCAGUGGUUCUACACCAGUAAGGCCUCUGACCAACAGCACAUCAUCAUCAGGUUCGGGGGGUCUGCCACGGCAGAAUAGCUGCACAGCCGUCAUCAAACCGCCAGCGUCUCUGCCCUCAAACCUUGAUGAUCUGAAGGUGGCUGAGCUGAAGCAGGAGCUGAAGCUGCGGGCGCUGCCGGUGUCGGGAACUAAAACCGACCUGAUUGAGCGGCUGAAGAACUACCAGGAGCAGGUGCGGGGGGGAGGGACCCUCGCCACAGCCCCUGCCCCGGCGGCCGCCGUCACCAAGACCGUCCCGCUCGCCUCCAAGCCCGCUGAGGUGGUGGUGGCCUUCACUGCCCGCUCCGCUGGCGCCCCAGCGGCAGUGAUCGCCACCACCCCUACCCCUCCGGUCUCGCCCGCCCCCUCCGACCGCUCGGUGCAGAGCAUGGAGGACGGCAGCGUGCCCGAGGUGCCAGCCGAGCCCCCCCAGUCUCCACCCCUGCACUCGGCGUGCAAGGAGGAGCCGCCCUGCCCCAACGGCGUGACUGCCAGCACCGCCCUGGUGCCCAGCACCAUCGUCCGCCGCGGCGGGGGCCGAGAGGCAGGCAAGGACUCGCAGGCCGCCAUCAAGGACCUGAUGCUGCAGGAGAAGGACAAGCAGAUCGAGGAGCUAACCAGGAUGCUGAGGCAGAAGCAGCAGCUGGUCGAAGCUCUGCGCCUCCAGCUGGACCAGGAAAAGCGCACGCAGCAGCAGCAGUCCGCCAACGCCCCCGCCCCCAGCCAGCUCCCCACCCCGCCCAGCUCCCGGAAAACCAUCGCCGUCAAGCAAGAGAACCCGCCACCCAGCUGCACCCUCUCCGGCAAGCCCGACCCAUCCAGCCCGCUCCCCGGCCAAGCGGAGCCCCCGAGGGCAAACCCCGGCACUCCCGGGCCCAACCCGGUGCCAAUCAAGACGGUGAUGGUGAAGCAGGAGGGCGGGGGGAGCAGCUGCCAGCCACCCACGCCGGCACCGACCAUCCUGCUGAGCCCAUCACAGCCAAACCGGCUUACCACGGGCAUACUGAGGACAAUCACGCAGGCACAGAGCCCCAGCUUGCUGACUAACGGAGCCGGCACUCACAUCCUCCUCACCAUGACUCCACAAAGGACAGACGUGGACAGUGCAUCUCCCCCCGUGAGCACCACCAAGGAUCAACCAGCAACACAGGCAGUGAUGUCUCCCCCCUCCCAGGAACAGGCACAGCUGACAACACCCACCACUCAGUCAAAGCAGCAGCCACAAACAGGAACGAUGACCCAGACAGGAAAGAAGGACCAGAAGGUGGGUCUGCAGCUGAUCACUGGGACAUCCGGUGCUGUGCUGUCAUACGCCUUGACACCUCAAAACCUGCAGCCAUUCUUUGUAAACAAUGCGACCGAGAACUCAUUACAGACUAGGGUGAAUAAUGGAUCCAGCUCCCCACACAAGGAAAACUCCAGAAGCCAAGAGAUGGAUGAUUUGUUUGAUAUCCUCAUUGAAAGCGGAGAAAUUUCCGUCAAUGCCAAGGACAUUACUGCCUCUUUAAACACGCCAUCUCCGCAGAGCGUCUCGCCCACGCUUGCCGUGUCUCCACCGCUGACUGCUCUCAAAGUGGAGCCACCAUCCCCGCAGUUGUUGCUGGAGCCCAUCGCCGACAGUCAGCCCAGUAACCAGAGAGCCGGCUCGAGGACUUUCUAGUAAGCACAACCGGUGUCCCGUUGUUGUCAGUAGACCACGAUGGCACUCAGCCUCUCUCGCUCAUCGAUGAUCUACACAACCAAAUGCUGAGCAGCUCCAGUAUACUAGAACAUCCACACUCUCCCAUGGACACUUCAGACAUGCACCUUCACCACCGACAGCACCAGCCUGACCCUGGACCUUGCCGGACACUAACUUGGACAACAUGGAGUGGCUGGACCUUACUAUGGGUGGUUCCUCUGUGGGUCUUGCUCCUUUGAGCUCUGUGACCCCCAGUGUCUUCUCUACUGACUUCCUAGAUGGUCACGACUUGCAUUUACACUG